AUGGCCGACUACGCCAAAAAGAAGAAUGACGAGCUCGCAACACUCUGCAAAGAGCGCGGUCUGGCUCAUACUGGCAAGAAAGCAGAGCUUGUGAAGCGACUGGAAGACUACGAUGCUUCGUCGGGUGGUGCAGUCGAGAAAGCUGGCGUGGAUGAUGAAAUCGACUGGGACGACGAACCGGCAACCGAGACAGCAAAGGCCGCGACCACCCAACCUGCCGCCGAUGCGCUGGCCGCUGGCGGUGUGGGCGAAGUCGGCAAUCCACAAGCUGUUCCCAACCAAGUCGCCACCAUCGACCCUGCCCAGACAAACGACCUGUCCGUCGACCCACCUGCUCCCGCUGCGGAGGAAGCGGUCAAAGAAGAGAGAGACUUUGCUACAGGCUUGGCCGACCGUACCAUUGAUGAGGAGAUUGAGAAGCGAAAGGCUCGCGCACGCAAGUUUGGGCUGCCAGAGGACAAUGACGAGAUCAAAGCACUGGAGCGCGCGAAGCGCUUUGGCACUGAUGCUCUGCCCGGUCUACUCAACAGAGCACUCCCGAAUGAUCGGAAGCGCGGUGGAGAUGGGGCUGCCGAUGGUGGAGUGAGAAAGAGGGGCGGUAGCUCUCAACGCGGAAGACCUGGUAGAGGAGGACGAGGCGGAGGCGGAGUGAGAGAACGGACCCCACAGGCAGCGGGCGGCCAUCCGGGUUGGAUGACUCAAGCAGAUCGAGAGGCAAUGGAGCGACGCAAGGCCAAAUAUGCAACAGCCAGCUGA